UUUGACGCCUUGGUUCUACGGCUGCCGGUCACGGCUUGACAUUUACCGGAGUUCACGUCCGACUGUCGCUCGACGUCCGCUCUUUCUUCUCUCGCAUAACGGGCACGUCGUCCGCGACUCGAGAUCAAUUCAUCCCCGGCAAUCGCUUAGCCAAGAUGCAACCACUUGUAAGGCAACGGCCUUUGACGGCUCCGGCUGGAGAACUCGCUGGGAUAUCAUGUGAUCGGUGCCGCAAACGCAAGAUCAAGUGUGAUCGACAGAAUCCCUGCUCCAAGUGUUCCAAGGCCAAAGUACAGUGCUCUUUUCCAGGCGGCGGGGAAAGGUCUAGACCGGCGUCGAAACGAUAUGUACAGGCGCUUGAAAGCCAAAUCGGCUCCAUGAGCUCAUUCCUCCAGGAACUCAUCACCACCAACGACGCCGCAAGGAAAGAGAUGCUCACGAAUGUUGCGCCAUCGUUGAUUCAAGGCCAGUUGCCACGGGCUCAACCACCUACAGGAGAGGCAAUGCAAAAAACACCUCCGGCAACCAUCACGACAGAGUCUGGCGCAAAGUCAGGGACCCUCAUUCUUGCCAAGGCACAGGAGGGCCGGAUGCGUAAACUUCCCACGAGAAAGGCCACACAGUUCUAUGGAGGGUCCAGUCUAUUCCAGCUACAGCUAUUUGAACCAUCCUCCCCGGCAGUGACCAUCGUCAAUGACCCAUCCAAUGGCUCGCCGUCAGAUAGCAUCAACUCGAUUGCAAAUGGAACUCCACGCCCGUCAGACAAUUACACCUUGCCUCCCUCAGCAAAAAGCGACACGUGCCGCGAAUUGAUGGCAGCCUUCUUCCAGAAUGUCUAUCAGUACAACAUGUGUAUUUAUCGCGAGUACUUCCUCCGAGACUACGAUGCUGGUGACGGUCCGUACUACUCGGACACGUUGAUGUAUUCCAUCUGCGCAGUCGGUGCCCUCGUAUCGCCGGAUCCACGCUUGAGGGAACUUUCGCCCGUCUUUACGAAGCGCGCCGAAGCAAUGGUCUAUGAAUCUCUGGACUUGCCUGACCUGACCAUCUUACAGUCACUCAUUGUUCUCGGCCAUCUCGAGGUCGGCCAGGGCAGGAGUUCCAAGGGGUGGCUGUUUUGCGGAAUGGCAUUCCGCCUGACGCAUGAAAUGGGACUGCAUCUUGACCCGACGCGUUGGUCUAAUAGCAAGUCGGAAUCUUCGGUUGACAGAGAGGUUCUUCGUCGCGUCUACUGGGCAGCCUUUAUUGCCGACAAACAACUCAGCCUAUUUUUUGGCCGUCCACCCGCUCUAUAUCCUCACGAAUCGGAUGUUCAAAAUACGAUUCGAAUACCCUAUCCUCCUGAAUGGGAGAGACUGCUGGACUUGUACAUUGCCAAAGACACUUCUUCGACAGCUUUUGAAGACGGUAUAUCGACAAUUGGUUCCUUUGUCCACCAACUUGAGCUUGCCAAGAUUUUUCACGCAAUGAUUGUCGACGUCUUCCAAAAUCGACUCCGCCAGCACGAUGCGGCGGCUGCAGCUGCAACGGCGCUCAAGGUCCAUACGUCACUUGUGAGAUGGCUGGCGAUGCUACCGCAGAAGUUGCACUGGAACCAGUGGACUGUUGAACAAGUCCCUCCGUAUGUGCUACACUUGCACAUGCUAUUUCACAAGGGGAUGAUCAUACUUCAUCGACCUCCUCGGCAACAUCUCGAUGAUGAGAUGGUGGCAAGUAGCGAGGAUGUCGAAGUAUGUUACCAGUCGCUUUCAGCAAUUAUGAGAUUGCUCAGCAGCUACGGGCGGUACUAUCGCUUUGAAGUCCUCCCGCUUGACUUUGUGCACACCCUCUCCGCCGCAGCCGACGUGGUAAUGAUGAGGAGGUAUCUAGAGAAGUCUUCUUGGGAUGAAAAGGACAUAUCCAAGCCGUUGAAGCAGAUUCUCAACACCAUGGAGGCCAUCCAAGAUGUGUAUCCGUGCAUGCGAGAGAUUAAGGACAGCAUCAUGGGGAGCAUACCGACCGACAACAGUAGCAGCAAUACCCAGCAGCAGGAACACGGUGUUGAACUCGACUUGAUGGAUUUCCUUCAGUCCAAGGCUGGCUUGCUUCCUUGUGACUGGUUUUUCGAUGAGGCGCAGACAUCGUCAAAUGCGGACUUGGGAGUGUUGGUGACGGACGAGUAUCUGAACCAACAUCAAGCAUGGAACAGCAUCAUGGAAUAGCACGCGGAAACUUAAAU